AUGACGUCUAAUAUAGCCGAAUGUAUUAAUGGAAAAUUGGUAGCAGCAAGAGAGUUGCCUGUUUUCGAUUUUCUUGAAGAAGUGAGGAAGAUGUUUGGGAGAUGGAAUUGCACUAAUAGGAGGAACGGUACAUACACAUUCACAACACUUGGGAAAGCAUUCCAGCAAUUAUUAUCAAUAAACGAAUGUAAAUCUCUACGUAUGACGGUUGAACCAUCAACUGAAUAUGUGUAUACCGUAAAUGAUGAGGCAAGGCGAUUCAUACUUGAUCUUAAAAAGAAAACAUGCAGUUGUCGGAUGUUCCAACUGGACGAGAUACCAUGUCCACAUGCAUGGGCUGUAUUGAAGAGUAAAAGUCUUAUGUCUGAUGAAUAUUGUUCAGACCUAUUCAAACCAAAGACAGUGAUUAAGACGUAUGAUGUGCCUGUGGAUCCUCUGCCUGACGAGAGUGAGUGGAAUAUUCCCAAACACAUAAGCGAUGAAGUUGUUUUGCCACCAAGAUACAAGAGACCCCCGGGAAGGCCAAAGAAAAAGCGAGAUAAACCAUUAAUGGAGACGAUGAUUGGUAAACGUAGGAAUGCUUGUAGUACUUGUGGACGUCAUGGUCACAAUAGACGUUCUUGUUCCAAUGAGCCACGUAAGAAAUAG